AGACAGGCGAGCGUGGACGCGCACGAUCGUGGCCACGCGCAGCUGGAGCGCGCAGUGCGGGAGCGGCACGGCUCCUAGUCCCGGCUGGUUAAGGUGAAACGCCAGAAAGAAGGGAAAAACAUAUUAUAUUUAUUUCUUCACGGAACUGGACCUUUUUGGGAAAAAAAGGGACAUUUACGCCAAAACACGAGUGCUGCCGGGCGAGCGAUGCUGACCACGCCGGCCCUCUGGCAAUAAUCGGCUGUGACAUGGCAGACCGGGACGACAAGGCGGAGAUGUCCAUUGCCCCGGGCCAGCCGUACAUCGAGGUGGAGUAUGAGUAUGAGUACAAGGCCAAGGACCGCGUCGUCACCAUAAAGCCUAAGGAAUGCUACAUGCUGGUGAAGAAGACCAAUGUGGACUGGUGGCAGGUUAAGAAAGACGAGGGUUCCAAGCCGUUCUACGUACCUGCCCAGUAUGUGCGGGAGGUGCGCAAGGCCCUGAUGCCACCACCCAAGGCCCUUCCUCAGGGUGGCCCCAUCAGGCCACGGCCCGCCACUCCGGACCUCAGCAAGCCCAACGACAACCUCAACAAACCAACGGCUCACCUGACCCCGCCGACGGUGGUCAAAGACAUCAACCAGAACCCGGCCAGCUCUGGGCAUGGCAAAGGUUCGCCAGACCCCCUCCACCAUGGCAGCAGCAUCAACAGCAAUGGUGGCUCAUUGCCGCGACAAAGGGCCAAGUCCCCCUCAUCUGACAGGAAAGUCCCCCUGGACAUCUUGGUGGAUGUGACGGCUCCCACAGUGGACUCGGACAAGCACUACCACGACCUGGAGUCAGGAGAUGAGCUGAGUAGCAGUCCUACGGAUCCCAUGCAGAGUCCCUCCCCCUUGGAUUCCACCCGGCCGGACUCCCCCGUCUACAGCAAUCUGCAGGAUCUGAAGCUCUGUCAGAGCAGUCAGCCCCCCAGACCGUCAAGCUUGCCGCUGCAGACAGCCGGCGACUGGGAGACCCACCGCGAUGCCACUGGCCGCCACUUCUACUAUAACCGCUGCACGCAGGAGCGCAGCUGGAAGCCCCCCCGCAGCAGGGAGUCAAGCACCAAGGGGGAUUCGGAGGAGUCCCCGUCGAGCCCCAAAGGCAUCCCGGAUUCUGAUUGGAGCCCUCUGUCUCCCAGGCCACUGCCGUCUCCAUCGGAGAAGUGUGGUGUGCUGAACGUGACCAAAAUCACGGAGAAUGGAAAGAAAGUCAGGAAGAACUGGACCUCAUCCUGGACAGUGCUUCAUGGGUCCUCGCUGCUCUUUGCUAAGGGCCAAGGAGGUGGGACCAGUUGGAAGUUUGGCAGCAGCCAGUCCAAACCGGAGUUUACCGUGGACCUCAGGGGGGCCUCUAUCGAAUGGGCUAAGCAAAAGUCCAGCAAAAAGAAUGUCAUUGAGCUGAAGACUCGGCAGGGCACAGAGCUGCUCAUCCAGCUGGAGCACGAGACUUCCAUCAACGAGUGGUACAAGGCCCUGUCGGAGACCAUCAGUGCCCACGCCUGGGAGUCUGAUGAAGCCAUAGAGGAGGACAUUCCUGAGUCACCCAUGGGAGAGAAGCCGGAGAAGGAGAAGGAGAAGGAGAAAGACAAGGAGCAACGAGAGUCCAGGAAGGGGAGGGCCGUGAAGACCUCCGUCAGCAUGGAAUCGACGGAGGACAAGAAGACCAAGGUGAAGCUGAAGAAGUUCCUGACACGUCGACCCACGCUGCAGUCCGUCCGGGACAAGGGCUACAUCAAAGACCAGGUGUUCGGCUGCAGCCUGACCAGCCUCUGUCACCGGGAGAACUCGACCGUGCCCCGUUUCGUCCGGAUGUGCAUCGAGCACGUGGAGAAGAACGGCCUGGACAUGGAUGGAUUGUACCGGGUCAGCGGGAACCUGUCAGUCAUACAGAAGCUGAGGUUCGCGGUCAAUCACGACGAGAAGGUGGAUCUGGAGAGCAGCAAGUGGGAGGACAUACAUGUCACGACGGGCGCCCUGAAGAUGUUUUUCCGGGAGCUUGCAGAACCGCUGUUCACCUACGGCCUGUUCAAUGACUUUGUUAACGCCAUCAAAUCUCCGGACUACAAGCAGCGGCCGGUUUUGAUUAGGGAUUUAAUCAAGCAGAUGCCGAAACCCAACCAGGACACCAUGCAGGUCCUCUUCAAGCAUCUCAGGAAAGUGAUAGAGCACGGCGAGGCGAACCGCAUGACCUCCCACAGCGUGGCCAUCGUGUUCGGCCCCACCUUGCUGAGGCCCGAAGUAGAGACCAGCAACAUGGCCGUGCACAUGGUUUACCAGAACCAGAUCGUGGAACUGAUCCUGCAGGAGUAUGACCAAAUCUUCGGCAGCUGCUAAUGCUUCAGCAGCGGAUUGUAAGCGUACUGCACGCCGAUGCAGACAGCGCCACCUGGUGGGUGGAGGACUGAUGGCUGAGUGGGAGUGGCAAAUUCUGGGGCCAUUUAAGGAGAGCUUAAUAAACAUACAGCCUCUGAAACCGGUGCUGGUUUAUCAGGUUGUGGGCCGCCGAGCCCAGGUUCUGAGGCACAGGAGCUGGGUGCAGAUAGUGUCCGUCCACCAAGAGCUCAAACACGUCCCAGUCCUCUCGAGAGUGUACUGCUGCAGGCCCUGGAUAAUCACCCCCAUCUCGUGGGACAGAGCUGUGUGCUGCAGCGCUCAAAGAGCUACCCUCCGUGAAAAUACUCCUUUUCUCGUCUUUCCUGACCUCGCUGGACCAGGGGCAGAUGACGCAACUCUUGUUCACAACUGCCUACAUGCAGGUGCGGCCCCUGGAUCAAACAGACCUUUGCCUGGCAAGUGCAGACUGUUCCAAGACCACAGUACUGGAAUGAGUCCUGGUGUAUUUAUUCUGCAAACGCAUGCACUGUGCAUCUCAACUGAGCUACAGAAGUAGUCUUAUGGAAAUGAUUUACAAGACUGUAGGACAGCCUGAAAAAAGGUACACUGGAAACUGGUACUAAUGUUGUUUUGAUGUUUUUUUUAUGUUUUUGAGCUUUUGGAACUGGGAGAAAAUAUCAAAAUCAAAUAUUAAUAUUCAGUAGUAUAUAAGAAUUAAUUGAAACGAAAAAAAACUGGCUUUUGAAAUUUAUGUUCAACUGGUGCAUUUUUAAUGUCGUUUUCCAGACUAACUGCUGUUCCGGCUGUAUCUGUCUAACCUGAAUAAAAAUGAAAUCUCACCCAGA